AUGAUGUACGGAUCGGAGACUUGGGCAGCACCAUCUACGGUGAUGGAGAGGCUUGACUGCACGGAACGAAAGCUGCUUAGACGGCUAGUUGGUUACUUUUGGCUUAGGGCAUGCCACAAUGAAGAUCUUUAUGCAGAAAUUGAUGUGGCAUACCGACUGAUUACACAUGGAAGGUACAACCAUCUUGCAAAGCCAUCGAAAGUGGCUAACGUGAAUCGUCUUGGCUUCUUUGGUCAUAUAUUAAGAAGAUCGGCAGAUCGCUUUGUUCAACGAGUUCUGAGAAGUUUGUCCAGUUCGAGCUGGAAGAAGCCACCUGGUCGAAAACGGAAGUUAUGGACUGAGGUGGUGAAAGAGGAUCUGAGGACACUCGGCGUGAAGAGGCAGUUCAGGCGAGACGUAGGGUUUGGCAAAAUAUGGAAUAGCGACGAAUGGACUGAUUAUGUGCAAGCUCUCGCAGAAGAUCGAGAAGGUUGUGCAGAGCUGUGUUCAAGGACGGCAUACCUCGGCGAGGAUGCGGGUAAUCGCGUCAGGCGAUGA